AAUGCAUAAGCAGCUAAAGACACUCUAUCUUCAUAGUGUUGGAGUUCUGUUGUUAUGAGCUGACUGGCUCUUGCCAUUGUCCAGUGUCCAUCAUCAAAGCAGGCUUGCACUGAAGUGAAGUGGGUUUUUAGACUGAAGUGAAGUGGGUUUAGACUGAAGUGAAGUGAGUUUAGACUGAAGUGAAGUGAGUUUAGACUGAAGUGAAGUGGGUUUAGACUGAAGUGAGUGAAGUGAAGUGAAGUGGAGAAGUGGUGCUUUUACCCCCUUGGAUUAAACGGCUGUUUUAGGUAGAAAAACAAAAAUUCUUACUAGCUUUUCUAUUAUUUUUAUUCAUUUCAUUAAAUCGGCAUGUAGAAAGUAAUGACUAAAUUUCUUCUCAUUAUUUUAGGAACACUAACAGGUGGUACUGGAGUUGCAGGUGCAAUAACAACAACAGCAACAGCAUUUCCAACAAUUGGAGCAAGUAUAAUUGAUCAUCAAUUAGAAGAAGAUCUAAAAGAUAUUGAACAAACAUGUGAUAAAUCUUUGCAUGAAAUGAAUCGGUUAUUUAAUGAAUUAGACCAACGAAGACGAAAACGAGAAAUACCAGAAUAUUUAACGUGUAAAUUAUGUUAUGAUAUUAUGCGCGAUCCGGUCAUAACACCUUAUGGUAUAACUUAUUGUCGAGAAUGUAUUGAAGAAAAUUUGUUCAAAGUUAGUCAUAUGGAUCCGAUUGUUAACAAACCAUUAGUAGUUGAACAACUAAUUAACAAUUUAGUGCUGAAAGAAAUUGUCGAAAAGUUUAUCAAAGAUAACGAUUGGGUAGACGCUGAGUUGUUCUAG